GAGAAGGGGGGGCUGGGGGAGAGAGACAGACAGCAGCAGCUUGGGGCGGCUCGCUUGGUAUAACCCAGAGGCAGCGAUAUGGAAGCGCUGGACACUGACAUUUCCGAUCCCGAUCCCCUCCAGUGGGAUACCAAGCUCAGUGAGCUCAACCUCUCGACGGGACAGUGCGAAGUCCUUUACACGACGCACUUCACAGAGAUAUUGGAUGAGCUCUCCAAGGAUAUGCUGGGCCACCUCUUCAAUGAUCCUUUCCUUUCUGAUAAAUGUGAACUGAUGGAUGCUGAACUCUCGCCUACUCCACACAUUCAGGCUGAGCACAGCUACUCCUUGGCAGGUGACUCCCGACCACAGUCCCCACUCACACAGAUCUCAACUGAAGAUGACUUUAAUGAAGACAUGGAAUGUGAAUCCUGGUCAGUGAGCUCUGAUCUAAAGCCAAUCACGUUGAAGCAUGAAGCUCUCCUCUGUGAUAGUAACUGUCUUGCUCCUUCUGUUACCUUAACAACUGGAACCACUUCCAUGGUCGUGGACGUUGCACUUGACACUUACAAAGUGGAAAUGGUCCCUGUGAUUGAACCGGCUCUUGAUACGGUUACAAAUGGUCAGACUAAAACAUGCUCACAGAAGGUUCUUCCAAAGAUUAAACUGGAACCACACGAGGUGGAUCAAUUCCUCAAUCUGUCUCCAAAGGAAGCAGGGACAGAUAUUCUGCAGCUACCACCAACCCCACCCAGCAGCCAUGGCAGCGACUGUGAGGGCGGACAAAGCCCAGCACGUUCUGUUCAAUCACCCGACUCUAUCCAGGCACAGCCUACAGGAAAAAGCAUAACCCGCGCACCAUCUGCUUUGGCCAGCUCUCCUCUUCUCACUGCACCACAUAAGCUGCAAGGCUCAUCAGGACCUUUGAUACUAACAGAGGAAGAGAAACGGACUUUGAUUGCAGAGGGAUACCCAGUUCCUAUCAAACUACCGCUUACAAAAGCAGAAGAAAAGGCACUCAAGAAGAUACGCAGAAAAAUUAAGAAUAAGAUCUCUGCCCAAGAGAGCAGAAGAAAGAAAAAGGAAUACAUGGAUACGCUGGAAAAAAAGGUGGAAUCCUGUUCAAAUGAAAACAGUGAACUCCGUAAAAAGGUGGAAAAUUUGGAGAAAGCAAACAGGUCCUUGCUCCAGCAGCUUCAGGGACUCCAGGUCCUGGUGGCAGGGAAGGUGCCCAGACCCUGCAAGAUGGCCAGCACACAAACCAGCACAUGCUUAAUGAUUGUGGUGCUGUGUUUUGCCAUUGCAUUGGGCAGUUUCAGUAACAGAUUUGACCCAUUCUCAUCCUCUGUGACAAAAACAGUCUUACCUGUCCAGGAUUCUACACAGGAGUCAUAUGCAGCCACUGUUCGCUCAAGGCAUUUAUUAUUUUAUGAAGAGCACCCUGGCUUUGAAGACGACCUCAGUUCUGUGAUGUCGACAGAUGCCUGGGAAAAAUUAGCAGAAUCUGUUAGAGAGAGAACGCGACUGGCACAGUUCCUCACAGCCAGGGGUUCAGCACAGAAGCAGCAAGCACAGGAAGCAGUCACACACACGGAGGUGUCAGCAGAGGAAUACAUAAUAGCAAAUGAAACAAGGACAGAAAAUUCAGUCCUGAUAGAGCUCCAGUCACAACGGACCCUUCCAAGUGUAGGCAUUAAUGGAACCACCAUUGAAAUUGACAGAAGUGUCAACACAACCUCAUAAAGAACCAUAAGGUGGUAUUUAUGCUGAUGUACAAUGAAAGCAGUCUCUUGCUAUAAUACCCCACUCCGACUGGCCAUCAACAGCUACCACGGAGAAGGAGAUCAGAUAAUUUUGUGUUAUUCUUGUACUUCUUUAUCGCAAACAUACUUACUGAAUAUUAAUUUAUAUAAAUUAAUAACUAUAUAUGUAUUGGGAACUUGAGUUAUAAAACACAAGUCUUCAUUCCUGCAUUGAUUGCUCUUUUAAACUGUCAGGCUGACUGUAUCUAUCCAGUUAUUUCAAGGGGAGGAUUCCACCCCCCCCCACCAAAUCGGGCGGGCGCUGCAGGCAGGCCCAGGAGUGGCCACGAAACAGUCCGCUGCCCGCGAUCAGGUCCCGACCGUGAUUUCACGCUGGCUGGACAGUUAAUGGCUAGCCAACAUGAAACGCACGCUGAGAGCCUCAGCACUUCUGGGGUGGAGGGGCGGCAGGAGCGCGAGUGCUGAUGUUGGCGCGUGCGUGGGGGGUUGCACUCUCACUGAAAGCGCACAACUGCCUCAGGGAUCUGAAGGUUUUUUUUUUUAAAACAAAAUUGCAGAUGUUAAAAAUCCGGAACAAAACGUCCGCAUAGCGGACUCGCGCAUCUUUACACGAUGAUCAUUAAAAUCCUGCCAAAUAUGUUUUUAAAUUUAAUUGUGUGAAACCUCCCCCUGCCCGUGGAUGAGGUUUCGCAAAAAAUACAAAGGCUGCCUGGCCUAUUCGCCCGCCUGCCAACCGUAAGGUUGGACGGGCAGUGAAAAGUAGCUUUAAAUUAAUUGAUUAAUGGGCCUCUUAAUUGUCAGCGGGCACGCUGCCGCCACUUGCGUGUGCCCCGCUGACUGAAAUAUCACGCGAGUGCGCAAUGACAUCGUCACGCGCUAUUUCAUGCUCGGGCGUGUCGGUCGCAGGCCCUCAUGCUGAGCUGCAAAAUCCUGCUCCAAAUGUUUGCAGGAGAUGAAUUUCAGCCUGGGCUAAGAUUCCAGACUUCAGAAACAGCAGAGAAGAUUAAUCUGAGUUUCACUGCAUUGAUAGAAAUAUACUGUCAAUUCGUCCUCCUAUGUCCUUCUCAUUCUUCAAAAUUGACAUCAUCCCAGCUGGGCAGAAUCACUUUGGACGUUGGCCCUUUAACAGAUUCACAGUCGGAGAUGUUAGUUCACCCUCGUGUUCCCCUUCCUUUGUUUUCAUAAUCUCAGUCCCUCGGUUGCCUUUCUCCCAUAUUGAGUAGCAGGGGUAGCCAGCUGCCUUCUACAGCUGACAGUUUUAAGGGCCUUUACCAGUUUUGUUACUAUGUAGUUUUAGUCUCUUAGUUCUUGGGUCAUAGUAAAUAAUUUUUUACCAAGAUUUAGCAUUUGUAUUUUAGUAAAGAUCUCAAAACAAGUCCGCACUGCAUUCAAAUGAUGUUAUUUCUGAUUUAGCCUUCACUGACAGAACCAACCAGAGUUUUUUUUAUAAAUGUUCACUAUGGCUUUAAUGUUCCUGUGCCUCACUUGUCCUUCAAAGCUCAGCGUUGCUCCUGAUGGGCAAAGAUUGAAGCUACAGCCUGGCAAAGCAGAGGUAGGUCACUGACACCCAUAAAUAACCUGUUAUUAAAGGGUCAGUGUUCUUCAGUGACUUUUCCAUAGGAUGACCACAAUGCCUAUAACUGUAUUUAUCAUUGACCUGGUGAAGAGCCAGCACAGACACAGUGAGCUAAAUGUGCUAUAUAGAGUUCUUUGGCUCCAUCCUCCCAUUAGAUGGCACUAGUGUUUACACACAUUUUGAGCAACUUCAAUUCCGGUUUUUCUCAUGCUUGCAACACUACAGAAGUAAAUCCUAAACCGUGCCAGCUCAUAAUUACUGAAUCCAAAUUAACAUUAAUUAUUAUCUGUUCUUUCUGUUGUUAGUUGUUAUUGAAGGGGUGAGUCCAGACAUUUUAAAACCAUCAGCCAUUUUACUGAGAAAAUAGAGACGAGAUUAAAAAAUAGAAUUUAGUGCUAAUGCUUCAAGACUUCUACCUAAAGAGAUAUGGCCAGUAAAACAAGGUCAGUUGUUAUCGGCAGAAUCUAAUCUGACCCAUGGGAGGAGGCAGGGAGGCUGUAGAAUCAGGAGGGAAGUAGGGUGGCCAGUGGCAGAGGCCUGGAAACCGGAAACAAACCACUCCCCCCAACAAAUAUGGCUAUGAGGACAAUGCUAGGAUCUGUUUUCCCCUGGCAUUCGUCAACCUGGAAAUGAUUUUUGAAUUUUUAAAAAUAUAUCCUUUCAUGGGAUGUGGGCAUGGCUGACGAGGAUAGCAUUUGUUGCCCAUCCCUAAUUUGCCCUUGAACUGAGAGGCUUGCUAGGCCGUUUCAGAGAGCAUUUAAGAGUCAUUGCUGUGGGUCUGGAGUCACAUCUAGGCCAGACCAGGUAAGCAUGACAGAUAUUGGUAUUAGCCAAUGAGGCUGAUAGGAACACGUUGAAGGCAGUGUCAGUAGGAUGCAGGGCAAGUCCAAGAGGAGUUUUUUGUGGGCACAGUCACCCGACCUAGAAAUAAUCAUGAAUGGGAUGAGCUUACACCAAUAGGGUGAACUUUGGAGCCACCCAGCCUCUCUAAUUGACUGAUCUUGCCAUCAUUCAUUACUGUUCAUCACUCAUUGGUUGGUGAGUGCUCGUGAAAUGAACAGGCCUUCCAUCAGCUGAGCCUGCAUGGCAUUGCAAACUUGUAAGGCAACGGCCGCAGGAGAGGGCUUUUGAAGUGCCAGAAAGAUAGUCCUCCAGUACAGGAAUGGGCCGCGAUGCAGCAAGAUCUGGACUGUCUGUACAAAAACCGACGUCCAGCCACCCCCAUUGGCUGUAAAGCACUGAGAGACAUCCAGUGGUCUUGAAAGGCACCAUAUAAACCUUUCUUCUAGAGGGAAGGCAAAGAUGGAAUGCCUGCCACCUUCCUGAUUCCAUGCGAUUCAGUUGUGGAGCGUGGCAUGGAAGUUUGAGGACAGCCCUCGCACCAUAGCCAAUUGAGGCCCUGAAGUGACUAAUUAAUGACCAGUUAAGGGGCAUUCUACCAAGAGCAGGGGACGCACUCUGCCACUUGGUGAAGUUGACCAAGAAAAGCUGGCAGCCUCCUUUAUGGUGGGAGUGAGAAAAGUGGGGGGUGUCCCAGGAUUGAGAACAUCCUGUGGCCCACGUAGGCUGCUCCCCAGCGGUAAGGGCUCCCGGAAACGGCCGAGAUGGAAAUACCCCUGGCCUGGGGCCACCACCACAGCCAUUAUGAUUCCUGAGUGGAAAUGAGCUUGGUGCACAAGAGUGAGCAUGAAAGGGAGCAUUUUCAGUUCAUUAUUUGCAUUGGGGUCCAGUUGAUUUGAUUAAGUAGACAAAAAUUCCAGUGACAUGACAUUUUUCUUCUUCAAUCUAAUUUACUGAUCCAGGGCCCAAUCUAUUCAUUAUCUCUGAUAGAUGAAUAACUAAUAAGCCUAUUAAAACAUAGAAAACAUUUGACCUGAAGAAAGCCAUCACCAUGGUAACAGUCUAAGAUACAUGAGAAAUCCACAUGGUUAGAGUUAAUGGAAUAUAAACAGAAAAUGCAAGAAAUACUCAGUAGGUCUGGCAACAUCUGCGGAGAGAGAAGCAGAGUUAACGUCUCUAACGAAGGGUCACUGAAACGUUGGGCCUGGUUUUAACUCUUAAGUUUGGGCUUUGGUAAGUUAAAAUCAGGCCUGUUGACUGUUUCUCUCUCCACAGAUGCUGCCAGACCUGCUGCAUUUUUCCAGAUUUCCUGUUUAUGUUUUAUAUUUCAGAUUCCCAGCAUCCAAUGCUCUUGUCAUAGUUGGACUUACCUGAUGAGAGCCUGCUCUCCGAAAGGACACACUGCACCCAACCAAACUUAGUUGCAGCCUGGCAAGAAUCAAGGCUCUGGGAUCACCAAAUGUUUUGUGGGGUACAGCUGGAGUGUCAUUUUAUAAAACCACAUAGCUUACCAGCAAAGAAAAUUGGUCAUUUUCCCUCAGUGUGUCUAUCUAGGGCCAUGUUACCCAUGGCAUUAGAUUGCAGGAUUAUUUGGAAUCAAGUGUGAAGAAUCUUAGUUUCCAGUGAACAGUCUACUCUUCCAGAUUCCAUUCGUGAGCCAGGCUAGCUAGCUAAUCAUCAGUAGCAUCCUGAAGUACUGCAGGCCUACUUAGCUCAUCUACUGGAUUAUCAAGUGUGCUGUAGAAGGUUGACUUAGUUUUGACCUUCCAUUAGCAGACUUGGACAUAUCUUGAUUCUAAAGAGGUGCUGCUUGCAUUUUAAUAAUUAUGCAUCAGUGGCAUUGGAUGGAAUUUCAGUAAGUGGGCUUUGUACUUUUUAGCCAUGUAUCUGACUAGGGAGGUCAAAGAAAUCUUAGCCUGAUUAUCAAGACCCUCAGUAUUUAAUGUUUGUAUAAGACAAAGCUUGGAUUUAUUUGCUCCAUGUUUUACAGCCAGCUUCAGGAGACUAUUGUGAGAAAAGUGAAAAAUGAGUGCUGCUACAUCUGAGUUGGUUCUUAAAGCCAUCUCACUUAUACUCUGAAAACAUACCAGAAAAAAACUGAUAACCUUGUUUCUAACUGGAGGCUUAUUGUUUUCCUGUUUUAUUGAUAUUGCAAUGGACCACGCUGCUCUGAAAUGUUCUCUUUUGUUCUUCGUAAUCUGUACAUUCAUCACCCAACAGACUCGUUUCCCCUUACCUUUCAGACUUUCCCCAUCCUAUAGCCUCACUGUGUAGAAUUCAUUACUGCGGUACUCUAAUUCACACCUUCCCAAGCUCUCAAAUCUGUGGAACUCCUUCCCUCUUUUCCCUACAAUCCAGAUUCUCUUAAAAUACCUAACCCCCAAAUUGACUUCCUCUCCUUGUGCACCUUAAGUGUUGUUGUUCACAGUUGGCAGCUAUGUGAAAUAGAACCAAUUAAUCAGCAUCCAAGCACUUACAAACGUAGUAAGAUGGUUUUGAAUCAGAUCCCAUGCCUAUCGGUGACUGUUUCCAAAACACACUAAUUAGUUGGUACUUGACCUCCUUUAUCAAAUUGCAACAAGAAGUUAGUCUAGAAAGCCUACUUGUUAAAGCUGUUUGAGGUGAUUGAUGUUACAGGUUUUUACAGCAAAGUUUUAAAAUAGUGCUUCUUUUGAAUGUUUAAGUGAAGUUAGGGGAGUGAGGAAAAAUGGAUUCAGAUGUAUGGUUAGGACUGAUGAGAGAUUGAAGCCACAGUAUAUUGCAAUAUCUUUUUAAAAUUGAAAGUUUUUGACAAAUUGUGUAAUUUGUGCUUUAAUUCUAAGCAGCUGAUAUUAAAAUGUGUUUAGUACACUCGUGUACUACUUUGCAAGGUAGUUCUUAAAAACAAUCCCAAAUGCAAUAAUGAAAUGUUAAGAUCCCGAGUAGAUAAUGGGGCCUUCAAACAGACAUCUAAGGAAGGUAGGGUUGAAGAGAAUGUAAGAACAUAACAUAAGAAAUUAUAACAGGGAAAAACCAUACAGACUGUUCUGCCAUUCCGUGUGAUCGUGGCUGAUCUUCGGCCUCAUUCACACCCACUCCCCAUAACCCUUAACCAAAAAUCUGUUUAUCUCAGCUUUAAAUAUGUUCAACAAUAGAACAUCUACAAUCUCUGGCAUAGAUAAUUCCAAAGAUUCACAAUUAUUUGAGUGAUGAAAUUCCUCCUCAUCUCAGUCCUAAAUGAUCAUCCCCUUAUUCUGGAACUGUGCCCCUGUGUUCUAGAUUCCCUGGGCAGGGGAAGCAACCUCUCAGUAACCACUCUGUCAAACCUCUUCAGAAUCUUCAAUGUUUCAUUUUCCUAAACUCCAGAGAACAUAGAUCUGAUUUACCUAGCCCCUCAUCAUAAGACAACCCCCUCAUCCCAGGAACCAAUCACAGUACUGCCUCGAAUGCAAGUAUAGUUAGAAUUGUUUACUGAAAUAAUACUACACUUCAACUCCUCUCUGCCCCCAAUCCUCGAAUGAAUGAAUUUAAAAACUGGUUCUUGAUUCUAGAGUUGUCCAAAGUGUAUAAACCCCUGUGGUUGUUAUGCUGAGUCAUAUCUUAAACAUGUUUGUGUAGAUCUCCUCUGCUCUGUAUCUCCAGUUCUUUAAGAACAGUUCUGACUUUGCUUGAAAGAACUAGCACAGAAAAUCUUCAGAAACUCACUUCCAGUGUCUCUGCUCUUGACAAUCUUAUACCCAAAAUCAUUAGUUAGCAAACUCAUGAGCAAUUCAUUUCAGUAUUCAAAUAUAUAAAACAAACACUGGACAUGCAAAGUAGAUCAGCCAGCAAAUGAAGGAGAGUGUAAUUGACCUACUGUAUAUUUCCAUUAUUUUCUAUUUUUAUUUUUGGCUUUCAACAUUCGCUAUUUAACUUUUAUCUCUUCAAUAAUUAUGUGCUGCACACUGCUGUCAUAAUUAUACAAUGACACUCUUUCUCUCUAGUACCAUUUUGACACAUUUGCAGUGAUUGGAUCAGCUCUGCAUAAAGGCCAUGAAAUGUUUAAACAUUGUUAUGCCAAUACUACAAGUUAAAAAGCACAAGUUAUAAGCAAUGGUGGUUUUUUUUACAAGGAAAUUGUUUUGAGCGUACAAAACCACUCAGUCCAAAGAAGUGAGUACACUACAUUGUACAAGAGAAGUACCCAUUAUUGAGAGCGUUAAAAUGAAAAUGAUUGGUUUGUUUUGUUCAGUCAACUCAUUAUUUCCAGUAUAGACUGCUGACCUGUUGUAUAUCGUCCCAGAUCCCUUGACCUUCCCUCCACAUUUCCUGGGUGUUCUGAGGGAAAUAUUUCUUAACAAUUUUCAUGUGUUUGCCCAUCAUUUUCCAAGAAUGCAAUUUGAUUACAGCUGAUAUUGUACAGAAAUAAUCAAAUUAUUUGUGUAAUAACAUUAUUAGAUCAGGCAUUGGUCUCCAAAUCCAAAGCUAUAAUUGUCAUUCCCAUUCAUUUCUGUUGUAUGCAAAGAUUUUGUCAACUAUGAUCCUGAUCCAAGUGCCAGCUAACAUUUAAACUGCUGUUCUUCAGUUUAUUUGAAUUGAUCCUGAGCUUGGUCCAAAAUUACAUAUUAGAUGUCGGCCAGUGGAAUUUCCACAGUCUGGCUGUGAUGGUUUAAAAUUUCAGGGCAAUAUUUUGUGGCAAUCCAAAUGUGUACCAGUAUUGUAUUUCCCCGCAUUGGCGAACGAGUGUGUAAUCUUACCCAAUUUUUGUAUGUCUCUUGACAUGAUGUAUGUGGAAUGGUUAACUGAAAACAUCAGCAUUAAUCCUGUCCUUCUGGAGUAGAAAAGUUUGUAUUUUAUUCUAUAUGGAAACAUUUUUCUUUUAUAAUGACUGUCUUUAUACAUAUAAAUUGUAUGUUACGCUUUUUUUCCAUCACAAAUAAAUAUUUUCCUUAGUAAAAUAAA